UGAAUGAACUGGCGAGAACUUUCCCACCGGCUCCCAUUCAGCUUCCCGAGGGAGAGAGAGAGGGAGAGAGAGGAGCCCCAGCCAUGGCCAGACGCCCCCUCCUCCUCCUCCUCCUCCUCCUGGCCCUCUCCUCCUGCUUGCUGCUCCGAGGGUCCCACGCCCGGGAAGUUGUCCUGCUGGACUUUGCCAAGGCGCAGGGGGACCUCGGCUGGCUCAACCAUCCUUUUGGGAAAGGGUGGGACCUCCUCCAGAACGUCAUGAACGAGUCCCUCAUCUACAUCUACUCGGUCUGCAACGUCAUGGAGGGCGACCAGGACAACUGGCUGCGGACCAACUGGAUCUACCGCAGCGAGGCCCAGCGCAUCUUCAUCGAGCUCCAGUUCACCGUGAGGGACUGCAACAGCUUCCCCGGCGGGACGGGCACCUGCAAGGAGACCUUCAACCUCUUCUACGCCGAGUCGGACGUGGACUACGGCAUCAACUUCCAGAAGCGGCAGUUCCGCAAGAUCGCCACCAUUGCCCCGGACGAGAUCACGGUCCGAGAGGACUUCGACACCCGCAACGUCAAGAUCAACGUGGAGCGGCGCUCGGUGGGGCCCCUCACCCGCAAGGGCUUCUACCUGGCUUUCCAGGACAUCGGGGCUUGUGUGGCCCUUCUCUCCGUCCGCAUCUACUACAAGAAGUGUCCCGCGACCGUCCACAACAUGGCCGCCUUUCCCGAGACCAUUGCCGGGGCCGACUCGCAGUCUUUGGCCGAGGUGGCCGGGGCUUGCGUGCCGGAUGCGGUGUCCGCCGGGCAGCCACUCCUGCACUGCAACUCCGAUGGGGAGUGGCUGGUGCCGAUCGGCGAGUGCCUCUGCCGGGAGGGCUUCGAGAAGAACGGCGACAACUGCAGAGCCUGCUCCCCUGGGUUCUUCAAGGAGGAGGUCUCCAACAGCCCCUGUUCUAACUGCCCCUUGCACACGCUGCCCUCGGCCACCGGCUCCACCUCCUGCCCCUGCGAGGAGGGCUACUUCCGGGCUGCGAGUGACCCCCUUUCCUCCCCAUGCACACGCCCCCCGUCCACCCCACGUAGCGUCACGGCCGUCGGCCUGGGAGCCAAGGUACAGCUCCGUUGGCUCCCUCCUCUCGACGCCGGUGGGCGCUCGGACCUCACCUACAGUGUCUCCUGUGAGCAGUGCUGGCCGGAGUCUGGAGAGUGCCGCCCUUGCGACCCCGGCCUCCGCUUCUCGGACCGCCCGCACGGCUUCACCGGCACCUCCUUGACCGUCAGCGAUUUGGAGCCCCACGUUAACUACACCUUUACGGUGGAGGCCCAGAACGGAGUGUCCUCCUUCAGCACCCGGCGCAGUUAUGGCGCUGCCAGCAUCAGCGUCAACCAGACAGAACCUCCACGAGUGACCUCUGUGACUAUGGACGGCCGCACGUCCACCAGCCUGACCUUGUCGUGGACUGUCCCUCCCCGGCAACGGAGCCAUGUCUGGAAGUACCAGGUCACUUACAAGAAGAAGAAGGACGAGCACAGCUACUCCGUGGUGCGCUGCGACGGCAACUCCGUGACCCUCCCGAAGCUGGCCCCGAGGACAAAGUAUGUGGUCAGCGUCCAGGCCCUGACCCAGGAGGGCCACGGGGCCCACAGCGUGGAGCACGAGUUCGAGACGCUCCCAGAACGAUCCGAUGGCGCAAACAGUGCCGCUGUCCUCGGGGGCUCCAUCGCUGCCUGUGUCGCCAUGGUCCUCUUCAUAGGGGGCUUAGUCUUUUUCGUUCACCGGAGGAAGAAGAACUCGAGGGCCCGGCAGACGCCUGAAGACGUUUACUUCUCCAAGUCUGACCAGCUGAAGCCCCUGAAGACCUACGUGGACCCCCACACGUACGAAGACCCCAACCAGGCGGUGCUGAAGUUCACCACCGAGAUCCAGCCGUCGUGUAUUUCCCGGCAGAAAGUCAUUGGCGCAGGGGAGUUUGGCGAAGUCUACAAGGGGACCCUGAGGAACGGCAAAAAGGAGCUCCCGGUGGCCAUCAAGACACUGAAGUCGGGCUACACCGAGAAGCAACGCAUUGACUUCCUGAGCGAGGCCAGCAUCAUGGGCCAGUUCUGCCACCACAACAUCAUCCGCUUGGAGGGGGUUGUGUCCAAAUAUAAGCCAUUCAUGAUCAUCACAGAAUACAUGGAGAAUGGGGCCUUGGAUAAAUUCCUACAGGAAAAGGAUGGGCAGUUCUGUGUCAUCCAGCUGGUGGGCAUGCUGAGGGGCAUUGCCUCGGGGAUGCGGUACCUAGCCAGCAUGAACUACGUCCACCGCGACCUGGCCGCACGCAACAUCCUGGUCGACAGCCAACUGGUCUGCAAGGUCUCUGACUUCGGACUCUCGCGGGUCCUGGAGGACGACCCUGACGCCACUUACACCACCAGCGGCGGGAAGAUCCCCAUCCGAUGGACUGCGCCUGAGGCCAUCUCCCACCGCAAGUUCACCUCGGCCAGCGAUGUCUGGAGCUAUGGCAUCGUGAUGUGGGAGGUGAUGUCCUACGGCGAGCGGCCCUACUGGGAGCUCUCCAACCACGAGGUGAUGAAAGCCAUCAACGAAGGCUACCGGCUCCCGGCCCCCUUGGACUGCCCCUCCGCCGUCUACCAACUGAUGAUGCGCUGCUGGCAGCAGGAGAGGAGCCAUCGGCCCAGAUUCAAUGACAUCGUCAGCAUCUUGGACAAGCUCAUCCGCGCCCCUGAGUCACUCAAGACCUUGGCGGAGUUCGACCCUAGGGUCUCCAUCCGCCUCCCCAGCACCAGCGGCUCAGAGGGCAUCCCUUUCCGAACGGUGGGCGAGUGGCUGGAGUCCAUCAAAAUGCACCAGUAUACAGAGCACUUCCUCUCCAGGGGGUAUAACACCAUUGAGAAGGUGGUGCAGAUGACCAACGAUGACAUCAAGAGCAUCGGGGUGCGCCUCCCAGGGCACCAUAAGCGCAUCGCCUACAGCCUGCUGGGGCUGAAGGAGCAGGCCGGCGCCAUCGGCAUCCCGCUCUGAAGCAGACGCAUUUAGCUGCUCGGGCAACGUGUUUCCUGGGACAUACUUGAAUGGAGAACCCUCUGGCCACGGAGUCAGCACAGCUCCGUGUCCUUCCCCACCACGUUGGGAGUCUCCCUGGUGCCAGAACUGCCGAAAGUCUCAUGUUUCGUUCCACCUACGUUGCUUCCAGACCUUGCGCCUGCUAUUCCAUCUACCAUUUCACGUGGCUCAACCUGUAGACCUCUCCGAGGCAACCAAAGCAACAUUGGGUUGUUUAUUCAUUUGCAGAUCAACUGACUUUUCCUCUUGGGAACUUGAUGGACCAACGGCCGCCUUAUUUCCGUGCUCAGGAACCUGGAAAACUGUUACAGUGUUGUUGUUUUUUUAUGACCACAUUCCUUUGCUUUCUAAUGAAGGUUGAACAUCACAGUCUCCAUUGGCCUUUCGCUUUGUUUACACAACCAAAUUCAGAGUGAGGCCUUGCACGGACUCCCUAUUGUGUAAUACUGAUGGAAAAUACAGUUCUAAUGGACAUGUGGUCACACACCUUCUAAAGCAUGCACAGCCAAAUUUCAGCCCUCCAGUUGUUUCGGCCUACAACUCCCUAUUGUGUAAUACUAAUGGAAAAUACAGUUCUAAUGGACAUGUGGUCACACACCUUCUAAAGCAUGCACGGCCAAAUUUCAGCCCUCCAGUUGUUUCGGCCUACAACUCCCUAUUGUGUAAUACUAAUGGAAAAUACAGUUCUAAUGGACAUGUGGUCGCUCACCUUCUAAAGCAGGCACGAGCAAAUUUCGGCCCUCCAAGUGUUUCGGCCUGCAACUCCCUAUUGUGUAAUACUGGUGGAAAUACAGUUCUAAUGGACAUGUGGUCGCUCACCUACUAAAGCAGGCACGAGCAAAUUUCGGCCCUCCAAGUGUUUCGGCCUACAACUCCCUAUUGUGUAAUACUAAUGGAAAAUACAGUUCUAAUGGACAUGUGGUCGCUCACCUACUAAAGCAGGCACGAGCAAAUUUCGGCCCUCCAAGUGUUUCGGCCUGCAACUCCCUAUUGUGUAAUACUGGUGGAAAUACAGUUCUAAUGGACAUGUGGUCGCUCGCCUACCAAAGCAGGCACGAGCAAAUUUCGGCCCUCCAAGUGUUUCGGCCUGCAACUCCCUAUUGUGUAAUACUGGUGGAAAUACAGUUCUAAUGGACAUGUGGUCGCUCACCUACUAAAGCAGGCACGAGCAAAUUUCGGCCCUCCAAGUGUUUCGGCCUGCAACUCCCUAUUGUGUAAUACUGGUGGAAAUACAGUUCUAAUGGACAUGUGGUCGCUCACCUACUAAAGCAGGCACGAGCAAAUUUCGGCCCUCCCAAGUGUUUCGGCCUGCAACUCCCUAUAGUGUAAUACUGGUGGAAAUACAGUUCUAAUGGACAUGUGGUCACACACCUACUAAAGCAGGCACGGGGAAAUUUCGGCCCUCCGGGUGGUUUUGGACUCCCAACUCCCACAAUUCCUAACACCUCUUUGUUGCCUUCUGUGUUAUUUAUUCAUUUUUUUAUCCAACUGCCGCUGUGCCUUCCGUUCCUGUAAAGCACUCUUGACUUCUUGACAAUGGUUCUGCUUUCAUAUUAUCACAUUCUUUUUGUUGUUGUUUCUUAAUUUAUUUUUUUAUAUUUAUUAAUUGUUGCCGGUAAAGAUGCACAAUUUAAAUAAGUUUACUUCCAUGCGUGUAUGAUGUUCUCUAGCUUUAAUAAAAUGUUUUUAUUCUUUA